ACUCUUAUUCCCAUGAUGCUGCGGGUUUGUCGAAACUUUGACAGGCACGGAAGAGGCUAUAGGCAAUCUAACGCGAAAACACAAGAGGCAUCGUCUGCUAUGCUGUGUUUAGUUAUGAAAAUGCACGAGUGGCGAUAGCAUUCCGCGCCAGUGUACUGCGGUUCGAUAUGCGGUGCUAUUGUCAACGAAAGCUCGCAGUUCAGGCGCAACUUGCACCAGCGGACUUCAUUCAGUGACAGCACACACAUCUAAUUGUGAAACAGAGAAAAUUGUCAGACAUGGAUCAUAAGGAUGUAUUUGCAACAUUGCAGUUGGUAUGUUCGGAUGUCAUCUUGGCUCUUAAUGGAUGCCGCAGCAGUUCUUCAAAUGCUGGCGCCACUGAUCGUCUGUUGGGGGUCAUGAGGCAGAUUCAGGAGCAUGGUCGUGCUGUUGAACCCUUGAUCACUGGCUUUACUGCUGUCUAUCACCAUUUUGAUUUGGAUGCACAGACUCCCGCCAAUGGAUAUCGGACCUUAGUCAAGGUAGUCCAUUCCUGCGUCGCCUACAUCCUUCAGAAGGCCCGUUACAUUGCAUCAAACUGCGCUGGAGCAUUUUUCCGGAUGGAUCAUAAUGUGUCAGAAAUGGAAGCAUACUGUAGUGCCCUGUGCCAGCUGCGUGCAUUGCUUUACCUGGCAAAGAUAAUACUCAAUGACAAUCCCCAUGGUCAGCUCUAUCCACAGGAGGAAGGGGGUUUAAGCGAGAGGUUUGUGCAAGAGUACAUCUCCAUGCACAAAGCUUGUUUCUAUGGCCGCUGCUUGGGCUUCCAGUUUUCCCCCUCUCUCAGGCCAUUUCUACAGACAGUGGUCAUUAGUAUGGUGUCAUUUGGUGAAAACUACAAGAAACAGCAGACUGGGUUAGGCAUUGCUGCGCUGUCUUUCUUUACAUCGGGCAAAUACGUAGUAGAUCCUGAGCUGAGGGGAACAGAGUUUGAGCGCAUUACUCAAAAUCUAGAUUUGCAGUUCUGGAAAACCUUUUGGAACCUUACAGAGACUGAGCUAUUAUCAAGUUUGACCAGGAUUACUUCCACUGUGGUGCAAGUGAAUGUAAUGUUAACCAUACCAGCAUUAAGUCUGAGUUUGCCACUGGCAUCUGAUCCCAGUCUUUCAGUCUCUGUAAGUCCUCCAGUUGCACACUCGGGUCCUGGGCCAGUCAAAGUGCGCUUGAUCUCACAUACGCUCCGACAAGGACAGGACAGUGCAGAACUGUUUGGCCUUUCUCGUCAGGAGGGGCCUCAGCUCUCUCUGCCAGGGGGUUUCAGUCGUCAUACAGCUCCUCUUUCUCCAUGCCUGCUCAUACACUUCCAUGGUGGAGGCUUUGUCGCACAAACUUCAAAAUCACAUGAGAAUUAUUUGAAGAGCUGGUCAAAGGAUAUGAAUGUGCCUAUUCUCUCGGUGGAUUACUCAUUGGCUCCAGAGGCCCCGUUCCCCCGGGCUCUAGAAGAGUGUUUCUACGCCUACUGUUGGGCCUUAAAGAAUUGCCACUUGCUGGGCUCGACUGCAGAGCGUGUCUGUUUGGUAGGAGACAGUGCAGGCGGUAACUUGUGCAUAACCGUCUCUAUGAGGGCGAUGUCUCACGGUGUACGCGUUCCUGAUGGGAUUGUGGCAGCGUACCCAGCAACUCUGCUAACAACAGAUGCCUCACCAUCCAGACUACUCACUUUAAUCGACCCUCUGCUGCCUUUAAGCGUGCUCUGCAAAUGUAUCGAUGCCUAUGCUGGUACAAGUUGUCAAACAGUACAGCCAGCUCAACAGUUUGACACCUUGGCCGCAUUGGGACAGGACACAGUAAAGAUGUUGAGUAACUUUGCCCAAGGAGCAACAAAUUGGUUUCAGACUUUAUUAGAACCAAAAGCAACCACAUCAUCAAAUGGUCCUUCACCUUCUGAAGAGAAACCACAGGUCCAAGAAUACCCAGAGUCCCCACAAGUCCAAGAAUAUCCAGAAAACUUUGAGCCUCUUCGGUCUAGAUGUUUGGUGGAUAUGCGGACGCCUUGCACACCAAUAAUGAAGAACCCAUUUGUUUCUCCUCUACUUUCUUCAGACAGUCUUCUCAAAGGGCUUCCACCAGUGCAUAUAGUGGCCUCUGCUUUGGAUGCCCUGUUAGAUGAUUCAGUGAUGUUUGCCAAAAAGCUGAGGAACAUGAACCAGCCUGUGACACUCACUGUGGUUGAAGAUCUUCCCCAUGGCUUCCUGAGCCUUUUACAGCUCUCCAAAGAAACCCAGGAAGCUUCUGAUAUAUGUGUGAAACGAAUCAGAGAAGUCUUCCAGCAAGAGGAACCACCUGCUGAUCAGAGGCAGGCAGGGAGCAGUUAGACAGCUUAGGUUUGGAAAAAGUCCUGAUGGACCACCAUGGCCCAAGACGUUCCAAGGAUCACAUCGCAAUAGCAAUAAAGUGAAACUAGUUUCGACAGGUUCGAAACCAAAAAUAUAUUUUUAAAAAAGGAGUCUAUCCACCAGCUAAACUCCUGGAGGCAAUUGUAGAUCCAGCUUGUAAUACCAAAGUCAUUGGGUUAACAUGCAGUUUUGCAUCCAUGUUUAGGUAUUCACAAUAACAAUCACUGUUGUGUUCUGACCAAACUGAAUGUCUAAGCAUCCAUCAAAAUUUCACCAUUGUGCCUGUAGUGAUGCAAUAAGAUCAAUCCUCUCUGCUUUUGGAUUGCAAACUAACAUUUUUUAAGCAACUGCACUGUGGAUUUUAUUAAAUCACCAUUUCUGACCUCAAACUUGGCUUGCUGUCCUUAAUGUAGGCUCGAACCCGAGGCUCGGCUUGAGUGUCGAGUUCAACCCCCCAAUGCGAUAUUACCUAGAGGGAGAAUAACAGGAAUAAGAGAUGGAGAAGGGGAGUUGAAGGGAUGCCGGAAGAACUGACGCUGGGACGGUGCAAUGAGAGCUGCUUAUAUAGGCUCGUAACAUUGAUUGACAGGACUGAAUGAUUAGGCUCUUCCCGAACCUACGUUUGGAUCUUCAUUUAAAUGUAGGGGUUUCAAACACACAGCCUUACUUUCUCUCUCUUGUUUAAUUUACAAAUGUAACCCUUUUGAAUUUAGUAAAUCUCCCUUAGUAAAUCUCCAUUUAGUAAAUGUACCUCAAUAUUGUACCUCAGUAUCAGCAGUUAUGAUCAUGUUUUGUGCAUGCACUCUCUAUGCUAUUAUAAAUUAAUUUGUCCCAUAUUAGGUGGCAUUUAUAAAAUGACUUUGACACCCCUGCUACAAUACCAAAUAACAAUGUCAGCUCUAGCAUUAUUUGAGAAUGUAUAAUUAAUUUGACAAGGAUAUUUGCGUGUGAUAUGAUUAUAUACCAGAUAAAACUUUGAGGCCUUUGAGGAUGCGGUUAUAAGCAUUACAGCAUUGUGUCCUUUCAUAGACUACUGUUGUCUACACUUGAACUUUAUAUUAACACAUUACCUCAUCAUUUCUUCAGAUGCACCAGAAACCUUUACUGUGACUUACCAGUUCACAUUAUGAUGCAGUAAACUAAAUGGCUAAAAGUCGUUCACAACCAUAACCGAAUUACACUCAGAAUGAUGACCUGUACUUUUUUUCUUAUCACCGAAGAUGUUUGUUCUAUACUGUACAUUUCUGAGAGGAUUUUGAUGAACUGACUGUCAAAAGCAAUAAAUAAAUAAU